AUGGGUGAGCCACCCAAAAAGAGACCCAAGCUCAGGGAUCGAGGGCCCUACACCGGGGAGGAGCGCGCGGCCGCCUCCGAGAUGGAGCGCAAGCUGAUGGAGCUGGCGGACCUCGUGACGAACCGGCCUAAUGGAGCCGAACUUUUCCAUCAGCAGAAAGAAGCCUGCAUGGACUUGGCUUCCACUAAAGCCCCAGGCCUCGUGGAGAAGCUGAAGUGCUUGCCCUUCCGAGCAAACACCAAGGGCAUGCACGGCGGAGCCCUCGACAAGAUCAUUGCAGAACUGAAGGCCGGGGUGCCCCAGCGGCCGGAGGCAGCGCAGGAUGCAGCGAGGCAUCCCGACCCGCAGCCUGACGAGCCUGGCGCGGGCAAGCGCAAGCUGCCAAAGGCAGCAGCGAAGUGUCAAGCAAAAGGCAAAGCGCAACCACGACUUCGGGGUGCGCAGAGGCAAGCGGUGGCAGAAGCAGAGCCAGAGGCUGUUCCGGCGGAUCCGCCAGCACCAGCUGCGCCAGCUCAAGCGAGGAUUUCUCCAGCUUCAGGGGGUGCGAAGCAAGCAGAGUUGAGCAGUUACUUCAAGUGCAAAGCGGUGGAUGCGGUGGCCACUGCAGCGGCGCCUCCAGAAGCACCAGACACUGCUGCCUCGGCUGGCCGAAGUGGCAUCGACCUUGAAAGUCAUUACAGGGAGUUGCAGCUCCAGCCCGGAGCAUCCUUGCGAGAGAUCAACAGCGCCUAUCGCCGCAGAGCGCUGCAGACUCACCCUGACAAGGGGGGCUCCUCAGCCUUGUUCGCCCAAGUCCAAGCCGCCUACGUGGCCCUGACAGAUUCUCUGCGUAAGGCUGAAGAAGAAAGCAGUUUGACCGAGUGCUCGGACCGGCUCUUCGCAGCACUCUUGCUGCGCGGGGAGUGCCCUGCCGACGAGCUGAAGCUCUACAAGGUCGAAGUUCUCAGGAAGUUCAAGCUUGCUCUGCAGGGAAUGUGCAAGCAGCAAGUUCCCUCCGCUCCGGAUGAGUUUGAGGAAACCACCAACCGGGGCCUCUCGCGACAACGAACUGGCUUUUCGGUUGAUGUGAGCUGGCGAUCGUUCAGGAUGAGAGCCACCCACAUCCCGACCCUCGAGCAAGCUCUGGCAAUACAUGUCGCCGCCGUGAACACGCGACAACGAGCGCUUGCACGCUACACACAGUAUCUAGAGCGCAGAAAGGCGGCGACCGGGAAUCUGCAAAAGCCUGCGGAGGAGGUACAUCCUUUGGAAAGGCAAGAGCUGGAGGCCUUGAUGGCCGAAGCCCCUUGGACAUUCCAGUUCGCGUCCGAUGUGCACGGCAAGAUCAGGGUGAUGUCCCCGUGGACGCCCAGCUUGGCAUCGGCACUCGAAUUUCGAGGCCUGAUAUACGCGGCCAUUAGUGCGGCGAAAUCGGGCAACACGACACGGAUCGCUACGCUGAAGAAGCAGAUGGCGAAAGAAGCAGCCCAGCACAGAGAGGAUGCCCCAACAGCUCGAGCUGCUCUCCUUGAGGCAAUCGAUCAGUGCAUUGAGGCAGAGCCGGCGAAGACGAGCAGAGCCCUUCCGCAGCAGAUGAAAGCCAUCGAGGAUGACCGACCCUUCGCCUCUCAAGGCAGAUCCCUCAGCAUCGAGGAGCCCCAGUCACCCAAUUCACGUGCAGAAGUGAGCUCCUUCGUGGAGUUUCCUGUGGAGCUUGACGAGCAGAGUGCCAAGGCCGCGUUGCAGUCCAACACUGAAGCGAUCUUCAACUUGCUCAACAAUGCAUUGGGCGUGUCGCUGCUAGCAGUCGGCUGGGUUUGCUCGGAGGUGGGCCUGGUGCUGGGUCUCGCCUUAUAUGCUGGAUCGAACUUCCUGAACAGAUACACCCUCCACUUGCUCUAUCGUUCCUGCCAGCUGGCGAAGGUCAAAGUGUCUUACCCCGACGUUGGGCAAUGGUGCUUCGGGCCCGCCGGCUUCAGCAUCAUUGCCACGUUCAUGACCAUCCAGAUGUGCUGCUCCUGCACUGCCUAUGCAGUGACAGUCGCGGACGUCCUGGCAGACACGUUCGAGUGGCAGCAGGAGAGGAAGAAAGCUGCUGCGGUGGGGUUUCUUCUGCUGGUGCCGUUUACCUUCAUCAGGUCACUGAAGAGGAUAGCGGUCCUAUCCUCGGUGGCAACAUUUGCUUGCGUGAUCCAGAUGCUGGCCAUAGCAAUUCCAUGCUAUGCUGACGUUCUGAAGGGUGACACCUUCGUGGAGCACAUGGGUCGAGAGCCCGGAAAGCUGCUGUAUUAUACCUUGGACCCGUCGAAGCUCAUCAAGGUGCUGCCGGUGAUUCUUCUGGCGUACUCUACCCAGGCGUCGUCUCCCAUCAUCUUGGCAUCUAUGCAGGAUAACUCGUGGGAGAACGUUCGGCGAGUCACUGGAUUGGUGUACUUUCUCCUUUACGUAAUCUCAGCAAUCUUCGGGCACUCGGUGUAUCUGCGGUAUUCGGACCUCUGCACCAACAGCGCGCUGACAACGAUAGGUCAGCGUCCUGUCGAUCAGGUGGCCCGAUGGUGCGGCUUCGUUCUGGUGUUCAUUUCCUACAUCUUCAUGAUGUUCCCGGUUCGGAACGUGCUAAUGUCAGCUUGCCUGCGGAAGGAUGAGCUGCGUCACGAGGCACCGUACCCUGUGUUUGCCGCUUUAUCCGUGGGCCUCAGCCUGUUCUUGUCGAUGCUCUCGGUGGUCGCCCAAGCACUUGGAGGCCUCGAGUACUGUUUACGUUUCGGCGGUGGCUGCUGUGCAACCUUGAUGGCCAUGGUGUUCCCUCCACUUCUCUUCGUGCGAACCCGGGCGGAGCGCGGCUGGGACGCGCGCGUCGUCUGCGGGAGCCGGGGAGGCUUGGCCAUGAUCUUGGCCAUCGGCACCUCCGUUUGGAUUCUGAGCAAUACGAAGUUGGUCGAGGAUAUACUGGAGACGAUCCACACCCCGAAGAAUCAGACCCAGGAUAAUCUGACCACAAAUGGCCUGCUCCACCGACUCUACGAGGAAAACGCCAAGAUGAAGGUCCAUCAGGACAAAUUGCGGCUGGACCUUGAGAGAGCCGAAGAAAAAAACGCUGCGCUCACCAACACAAACAGCGAUCUGGUCCAAGAGCUUCCCGGUUGUUGCAGGGGGAAGAUUGCAGUCAUGACCUGCCCUUUGAGUGUCGACUCCGGACUCUCUGAGUUUACCCUCCGCUGCCUGGUCACCAUCGUGUGGUCCUACGCUACCUUCAGGCAGAAGGAGGAAGCGCUUUUUCAGUCCAUCGGCGACCACCUGAUUUCCCAGGUCCACACUGCCAACUGCGGUGAGCUGGCCAACACAGCUUGGGCCUAUGGCCUCCUCCAGAUUCAGCACGAGAGGCUGUUUCAGGAGCUGGCAAGACGUGCGACCGUCCGUUUGCAAGAUUUCAAACAACAGGAGGUGGCCGGCAUCAUGUGGGGGUUUGCAGCCAACAACUUUUUCCAAGCGGCGUUCUUCAACAAUGCGUCCUUGGCAGCGCAGCGAUUAGUGCUCACCCCACAGCAGCUGACGAACAUUCUGUGGGCUUUGACCCGCAGGAAAUGCAGGCAGAGCUCAUUGCAAUCAGCGGUGAUGGCGCUGCUGCCGGCGGCUACCCGUCAACUUGACAGGUUCAGCAUGCCAGAGAUUGCGAUAUGCUCUUUGGCUGCUGCAAAGGUGGCGAAAAAUAUGGAAAGCAGCGGCAAAGGAGGUGGCCCCAAAAUAUCCAAUGCUGUCGACUUCUGCACUGCCGCCAUGCAGCAGGCCUUGAGCCGGCUUUCUGAGCUCUCCAACCAGCUGCUGGUGAACCUGGCAGCGGCCUUCCUGCUCGUCGGUGCUCCCGGUGCGGUCGUCGUGCUGGCUGCCGUAGGCCGCGAGGCUUUAGAUCGGAUGCAGAUGCUGGAGAACACUGUGCUGCUCCACCUCAUCAGGGUUUUCUCCAUAGACCUGGCCAAGCUGCAGCCUCCAGCCUUGCUGGAAGGCGCCUGCCAGGGGAUGUUCCGCGCCCUCUUCGCCGAGGCGGCUCGGCGUAUGGACUCGCUGAAGCCGAGGGAGAUGCAAAGCCUAUCUCUCCUUUGUGCACAACCGCUGGGUCUUACUGACGCUGGCGACAUGAGCGCGGGAGAUUUGAGAAGUUGCUGCUUCGCGCUCGCCACCACAGGUAAUGGAGCGCAUCAGCCCCUCUCCCUCCUGGACGAGCUCGUAGAGGGUCCUCCCAGCGAGGAGCUCUUUGUGACCGGACUUCCGAUGGACUGCAGCAGUGUCCAGGCCAAGCAGAUAUUCAAGCAGUACGGCGGCGUGAAGCAAGCGAAUGUUCUGCCGGUGGCUGCUGGCAAGACGGCCGCUGCGGCUUUCGUCAUCAUGGAAUCUGUGGAAGAUGCCAGGUGGGUCGUGGAGCAUGUGAAUGGCAACGUCCCUCAGGGCUUGGCAAACCCGGUGACUGUGGCCUUCGCGACCCCAAGAGGUGACCGCAAGGGUGGGAAAGGAAUGAAGGGAGGAAUGGGAGGCAUGAAGGGCAUGCCUCCGGAGAUGAUGCAAAUGAUGACCAUGAUGAUGUCCGCCAUGGGCAAGGGUGGAGGAGGAAGCGGCGGAGGUGGUUGGGGGAGCGAGGGCGAUGUGGGUUGGGGUGGCGCAGGUGCCGGUGGCUGGGGUGACGCAGGUGGCUGGGGCGGCGGCUCCAAAGGCUAUGACAGUUACAAAGGCGGCGGCAAGGGGUUUGGCGACGACCACGAGGUGUUCUGGGAUCCGGAUCCCGUGGAGGUUCCCAAGCAGACCCCGUCGGCCGCCAGCAAUGCUCCGGCCGCGGCAGCCUUUCCAACCGGCGUGGCAGUGGGUGUCUUUGCACCCCCGACAGGGCCCAUGGGCGCUUGGCCUGCGGGUCACGAGCCCCCAAGGCCGGAAAUGGGGGCUGCCUUCCCUGGGUGGUUUGCCCCUGGCCAACAGCCAGGCAUGGUGCGGCCGUUUCCUUGCGGCUACCCCAGCCAGGACGCGCCGAGUGGAAGCCCCGCCCCUCAGACGCAGGGUGCGCCGAUGGCUCCAGGCCAGGCAGGCCAGCAAGCCAGCAGGCCCAGCGCCGAUCUCCAAGCAGCCGAGACGGCCGCGCGGGGUGAGAACAAGGUGAUGUACUCGGUGAAGAACACGUUCCUUCACAUCGACGAGCCCGAAGAGCAGGAGGAAGAUCCGCAGCUGGGGGCUUCGGGGCCCUGGGCCUCGGAGGAGGGUUUGGGCGAGCCGCUGCCGUUCCUGCCCAAGGACAUCGAACUGACCGAACUGCAAGCGUUCCGUGCCGACUACAUGAAGUUUCGCGCUGGUCAGGCCACCGGCGCGCGUGGAGAGAUCCAGGACGUACCUGAGGUCCCUCUGGCUUCCGAGUCCACUAUUGGAGCCCUGGACCUCCAGCAGUCAGGGCAGUACCCGGUCCCCUUUGCCGGCCAGCCGAUGCCAGAAGGGUGA